AUUCAUACUCUUAAUAAAUAUUUUUGACUGAGUUUUGAGGGGGUAAGCCCCAUUUUGAAGAAGUUGAUGACUUUACUGUUUAAUUUUUUGUUUUUCCUUCCAGAAUGGGUUCUGGGUGGGUUCCAUGGAUGCUGGCUCUGUUAGUGAAUGUAACUGGAUUGGAUUCUUCCAUGACUCAAGGCAGAGACUCUCCAGAAGAUUUUGUGAUUCAGGCAAAGGCUGACUGUUACUUCAUCAAUGGAACAGAGAAGGUGCAGUUUGUAGUGAGAUUCAUUUUUAACCUGGAGGAGUAUGCACGUUUUGACAGCCACGUGGGAAUGUUUGUGGCAUUGACAGAGCUGGGGAAGCCUGAUGCUGAGCUCUGGAACAGUCAGCCGGGUAUAUUGGAGAGGAGUAGAGCUUCUGUGGAUUUACUCUGCAGGCAUAACUACGAGCUCGGUGCACCCUUCACUGUGGGGAGAAAAGUACAACCAGAGGUGACAGUGUAUCCAGAGAGGACCCCAUCCAUGCAGCACCACAAUCUGCUGCUCUGCUCUGUGACAGGUUUCUAUCCAGGAGACAUCAAGAUCAAGUGGUUCCGGAAUGGGCAGGAGGAGAGAGUUGGGGUCAUGUCCACUGGCCUUAUCAGGAACGGAGACUGGACCUUUCAGACAAUGGUGAUGCUGGAAAUGACUCCUGAACUUGGAGAUGUCUACACCUGCCUUGUUAAUCAUCCCAGCUUGCUGAGCCCUGUUUCUGUGGAGUGGAGAGCUCAGUCCACAUAUUCUUGGAGAAAGAUGCUCAGUGGAAUUGCAGCCUUCCUGCUUGGGUUGAUCUUCCUUCUGGUGGGGACUGUCAUCUGCCUCAGGGCUCAGAAAGGAUAUGUGGAGACUCAGUUUUCUGGUGAUGAGAUCUCAAGAGCAGUUCCUUCACCAUAGCCAUGCUAGGUUCCCAACCAAAGCUUCCUGCCCCGGAGCCUGAAGUAGUACUGAGAGGCUUGAGCCCUGGACUACAUAAGGGGCACUCAUGAGGUCAAGGUUCUGGAGCAGCUUGCACGAGGCCUUGGAGAGUCCUGACCAGAUUCUGGAGUUCUGUGUUCUGAGAUUAUGCUUCUCUCUUCUCUCACUCUUCUGUCCUUCUUCCUCUUACUUGUGUCAUUAAUCUCUGUUUCCAAGGACAGCAUGCAGAAAUUCCCCCCAGAGCUGGCUCCUGAGAGCCCCAAACUGCAUAGUUCCUGUGGUCCAACCCUAACCCUGUGAGUUAUCUUCACAUCUUCCUCUUUCCACUCUAGAAGACAAAUGCUCAGAGGCACUGUUUCCUAUUGACUGUUUUUUUUUAAUGAAUUUUUUUAUUGUUAAUAAAACGGAAAU